AUGCCUUGCCUGAAACACUGGGUCGACGCUGGGGUUCCCAGAUACAAGCUGGUGCCGGGUAUAGCCACGUACAGCCGUACGUUCACACUCGACGAUCCGAGCAACAACAACGUCGGCGCCGGCCUCCAGCCUGAUCAACCACUCGGCGAUCCUGGUAACUUCACUAAAACGAUUGGUUACAUGAAUUACGUGGAGGCCUGUCGAAGAUUGAAAUACACCAACGAGUGGACUCGGAGAUGGGUGCACUCGGCAGGUAUGGCCUACCUGUACAAAGGAGAUCAGUGGAUCAGCUAUGAAGACGAAAAGAGCGCCGACGCAAAAGCCAGGUGGUUCCGGUCCCAAGGAAUGGGCGGCGUAUUCGUGUGGUCGCUGGACACGGACGACUACUCCGGCGACUGUAUGGGCGAACUCUUCCCCCUGGUGACAAGUGUGUACCACGCACUCGAGGGAUACCGCCCCGUCAUGGACAACCUGCACGUGCGUGCCGAGUGCGAGAUCUGA